GGCAAAUACACAGCUUUUAGUAAUCUUCUAGGUUCUAUAUCCCGUGCUCAGUACCUUCAUUAUGCACUUUAUUCUUUCCAUUCCUCCCCUCAAGCGAGGCUUUUAUUGAAGCUGCAUGCAUUUUGCUAUUCCACGAGAUGUUUGCCUCAGAAUAAAAACAAUAGAAGUUUGUUCAGCUUAAUUACAACUUAGCAGAGUUAUGGGUGCAUGUUUAACGCAAACUUAUGGGGUAAUUUACUCCUACUUAUUCCUUUGGAUCUCGAUUUUGUUGGCUGCUGUAGAACUUCACAACAUGCUAUUUCGUCUGGCUGAAUUUUUUUAAACAUCAGCUUGUUAAAAUCCCACAAGGGCUCUGAGCGACGCCUAGACAAACUGGAGAACUUUUCAAGGAAAGCUUCUUUGAACUAAUAACAUUUCUGAACUCUGCGAAUAUAGCAAACCAUUCAAAGCAUCUUUUAGUGACCUUCCUACGGGGAAAUAUGCUAUAUUAAGGUCUGGGGAUAGGAGUGAAUCAUGAUUUUUAUCCCUUUUAUCACGUCUUUAAUUUGAGUUCGAAGAACAGAAAGUGCGAUCUUAUCCAUUUGUACGUUUUUUCACCUGACUCUUUCUUCUAUAACAUAAAACGCUAUAAAUAAUUAGUGUUUUUUAUCCAUAUUUAGGAGUCUGUAUCGAUCUUUGAUAAGAUGUGUGAAUAAGCAACUUUUUUUUAUCAAAUGAUAAAAUCCCUUUGAAUAGUUUCUGCUUUUUACUACUUUUAGACUAGAUUCUUGUUACUAGACAGCAUUGUUGAAAAAUAGAGAGGGUCGUCACGAAAAGUUUGGGGGUGUAAUUUACGAAGAUGAAGUCUGAAACGAGGUUAAAGCGAACUGUGGUGUCCGUUAUCGCAUACAGCGCCUGUAGUGUAUCGAUGACGAUACUCAAUAAGCUGAUCAUGAACACCUACGAGCUCAAUUAUCCAAAUAGUCUACUUUUAAUGCAAAAUGGCGGCGCCCUCUUGCUGAUCAUACUGGCAAAAAAAGCUAAUAUUAUCAGUUACCAAAAUUUCAAAAUGUCAGUAGCAAAGUUGUGGCUCUUGCCUUGUAUCGCGUUUGUAGCAAUGCUUCUUUCAUCAAUGAGAAGCUUGGAAAUGAUGUCGGUGUCGGCACAAACUGUUAUCAAGAAUUUAGCAAUUAUUUUAACCGCAGUGGGUGACUCCUACAUUUUCGGUAAGCGAAUAAACACUUCUAUGUACGGUUCUUUCGUUUUAAUGAUUAUUGGAAGUUGUUUAUGUGCGAAGGGCGACCCCUGGGUGACGAGUUGGGGCCUUUUUUGGACAUUUUUGAACAUCCUCACGACGGUGUGUUACAUGUUAAGUAUAAAAUUACUUACGAAUAAAGUGGGAGCGCAAAUUGGCCGUUAUGGCCCUACACUUUACAGCAAUACCUUGUCGCUUCCUUUCUUUUUGCUGAUGGGAUAUAGCGAAUUUCCACAAUUUAUGAAUGCAGUUUGGAAUGCAUCCUGGAAAGCCAUUAUAUUCCUCGUACUUAUGAUUUUAGUGAGCGCGCAAAUGGCAUUUACUGUCUUCUUUUGCAUGGAGAUGACUUCACCGACAACGUUUAGCGUUGUUGGUACACUAAACAAGGUACCGAUAACCUUUCUUGGAAUCCUUAUAUUCCAUCAAUUUCCCGAGGCACUUGGCUACUUAGGAAUUAGUAUUGCUCUAAUAGGUGGAUUUAUGUAUACUUUACUCAACCUUAACAUUAGACAUGUAGAGAAUAAGGCUACUGAGCUCAUUAUAAAAUCAAAUGAUGCGAAUGGCAUCUCAUCAACUAAGGACUUAAAUCAUAUAGUAUAAAAUUGACAUAAUCGGUUUCAUAGAAUCAUUACGAUUUAACCGUUUGGUCAAUAGCAUUCCUUUUUCUGAUAAUAAUUAUUGAAAUGAUUACGAUUAUUAGUCUCAACUAAAGGUCUAAACAUUUCUUCAAAAUCAUAGACUUACUUUUCCAAAGAUAAAAAAGGCAGGCAUCUUCAUAUUAUAUUUAUUUAGGAAAUAUAGAUUCUACUCUUUUAGGUAGACUAAUCUAUAAUUUUGUGAUGAUUUAUGACACUAUGCCUUUUUGUAAAA